AUGGACGAUCCGAGUCGCGCAGGCUCCCACCUCGCGCGUGACCCAUGUCUCUACCCCAUGGACCCGAUGGAGAUGUCGUGCUUCGACAUACGCGCUGCACAUGUGCCAGUAAUAUCGGCACCACGGCGCUCACAAGAUACCAGAACUGCAAAACGAAAAGGCACUUCAUCUCCGCCCCGCAUCUCACUUGAAGGUUACACCAAUGGAAACGGGUACUGGAUCACUUCCUCUCUCGUCACCAAGCGCAGCCGUCUACAACAAAUCAACCAAGAAUCACGACUGGAGCAGCAGAUGCACCAAAGCACGUGUCUAAAUUUGAACGCGGACGCACAAAAUGCGGAAGCCGAUCUCUGGAUCUUGCCUGACUUCGACGAGUGGGAGAUCGAUAACGACCCCCCGCAGCAAGCGCACCACCAGACCAAGAAGAAGCAAGGCGCAUGGGCACCGCUCGUCAAGCGCGCCGCGAGCUCGAAUCGCGAGCGUCUUCGCCGGCGGCUUGAGGGUGAUGGAUGGGACUUCGUAGGCGGCAAGUACGGCGAGGACGACGCCGCACUGAAAGAAGCUGCUGAAACGAGCGAGGCAAGCCAGGAGAGCGUGGACGAGGAGUUCGACGUUGUUGUCUUGCCCAUGGUACGCGCCGCCUGUUAA